AUGGCAUCAAACGUACCAUCGAUCUCUGAAUGGUUCCAAGGUCGAAACGUCUUCAUCACAGGCGGCUCUGGAUUUAUGGGGAAGGUUCUAAUUUAUAAGUUGUUGCUUAGUUGCAACGACCUUGACAAUAUCUUCGUCUUGAUCAGGAAGAAGAGAGAUGUCGAUCCUCAGUCAAGGUUGAAGCUCAUGAUGCAGGAAAAUCCACUUAAAAUGAUUAGAGAAAAACAUCCUGAGAAAAUAGAGAAGAUCGUAUUGGUAGAAGGUGACACAACUUGUAACGAUCUUGCUUUAUCGUCUGACGAUAAGCAAAAACUAAUAGACAAAGUUUCCGUUGUUUUUCACGCGGCAGCAAACAUCAAGUUCGACUUGACGCUUAAGGAGGCGGUAACGAUAAAUACACUGGGUACCAAAAAUGUUAUAAAUCUUGCAAAACAGCUACCUCAUUUAAAAUCCUUCAUUCAUAUUUCUACUUCGUACUGUCAUUGCGAUGAAACGGUGCUCGAGGAGAGAUAUUACCAGAGCCAUAUAGAUCCCGAGGAAGUCAUAGAAAUGAUAAAUAACAUACCGAAUAACGUUCUAAGAGCAAUGACACCGAAAUUAUUACGAGGAUUACCGAACACCUACGCCUUUAGCAAGGCACUCGCUGAGAGUUUAGUGCAAAAAUGUAGCCUGCCUGCAGGCGUUAUAAGACCUUCCAUAGUGAUGGCAUCAUGGAAAGAACCAAAACCUGGUUGGAUAGAUAGCUUUAGUGGACCAACAGCUUUAAUGGUAGGUGCUGGGAAAGGAGUAGUUCGAACGAUGCUCUGUAAUUACAAGUACGAAAUAAACAUAAUUCCCUGUGACAUGGCAAUUAAUACGAUUAUUGCACUAGCAUGGAAAGUAGGGAGAGAAGAUCCUGAGAAACCAAUAUUUAUGAAUGUUACCAAUGAUACCGAAAAUCCAAUUUCUUGGGGUUAUGCUGUAGAUACUGGCAAGAAAUAUACUUUAAUGUAUCCAUUUACAGGUCUACUUUGGUAUCCAGGUGGAAGUAUCACUACAUUAAGGUGGUUCCACUGGUUGCGUGUAAUCCUGUUUCACUACAUACCAGCGUUGUUCAUAGAUCUGCUUGUUUUUCUAACAGGGAACAAACCGUUUUUAGUAAAAGUGCAUAACAAAGUUAAUAUUGGCAUUGAUCUAAUACAAUAUUACACCACCAAACGAUGGGAGUUUCGAAACGACCGUAUGAAGGAAUUGCAAGCUGAAUUCAAUUCCUCCGACAGAGAAGAAUUCUUUAUGGAUACAAAAGCAAUAGUCUGGGACGAUUAUCUAUUAAAUUAUGUGUUAGGUACUAGAUUGUAUUGCUUGAAAGAUGAUCUUUCUACUAUACCUCGCGCACGGAAAGUUCUUUGGUAUCUAUAUUUUGCCGAUUGGUUCGUUAAAAUCAGCCUCACAAUUUUCUUCGUUUGGUUUAUUUAUUCGUGGAUAAAUCCAUUCAAGGAACGAAUUGCAACCGUGGGGGAUAAGAAAGAGACAAAAAUGAAUACGAGGCUGCAUCGAUCAUCGUCCAGAAGAAUAUUGGGGCAACAUUAUGCUUUCUCAGUCCACACCGAGCUCACCGUCGAGAUAAUGGCGAGGCCAAAAAUGGAAGAGAUUCCUGACAGAAUAGCGGAAACUUUCAAAGGGCAGAACAUCUUGAUUACCGGUGGCACUGGUUUCCUUGGCAAAGUCAUCAUCGAGAAAUUUCUCAGAUGUCUACCAAACACUGAACAAAUUUACAUGUUAAUCAGAACGAAGAAGGAAAAGGAUCCAAAGCGUCGUUUGGAAGAGAUAUUCAAUUCACCGCUUUUUGAAAAAGUUAAGAAACAACGGGGAACGGAGGCACUUAAAAAAUCAGUAACUGUAAUAAACGGAGAUGUAUCGUUACCUGGACUUGGGAUUUCCUCGGAGGAUAGAAAGAUGCUUUGUGAAAAGAUAAAUAUCGUGUACCAUGCAGCUGCCACAGUACGAUUUGAUGAAUUACUGAAGAAAGCGGUAUUAUUGAAUACGCGUGGUACAAAACAAAUGUUGGGAUUAGCCAAAGAGAUGAAGCACUUAAAAUUAUUUGCUCACAUUAGUACAGCAUACUGUCACCUUGAAGAAAAAGUUUUAGGAGAGAAACCAUAUCCACCACCUGCAGAUCCUCAUAAAAUAAUUAAAUGUGUGGAAUGGAUGGAUGAUGAUGUAGUUGAAGCUAUGACAGAUAAAAUUUUAGGACAUCUUCCCAAUACAUAUGCUUUCACCAAAGCUUUGUCAGAAAGCCUGGUUGAAGAAGCAAUGCCUCAUAUUCCAGCAAUUAUAUUAAGACCAAGCAUAGUUAUUCCUAUAUGGAAAGAGCCAAUACCAGGAUGGACAGAUAAUAUCAAUGGUCCAACAGGACUUUUAAUUGGCGCUGGUAAAGGUGUUAUUCGAACAAUGUAUUGUAAUGACAGUGGUUAUGCAGAUUAUCUCCCUGUUGAUAUUGCAGUAAACGCAAUUCUUGCCAGUUCUUGGAAUUUUAUAUAUUGCGAGGAUCAUGAAAAAAGAGUUUACAAUCUUACAAGCAGUAGUGAAUUUAAGAUAUCAUGGGCUGAGAUCAUCGCCAGAGGCCGAAAAAUAACAGAAAAGGUACCUUUAAAUGGAGUUGUUUGGUAUCCAGGUGGUAGCAUGAAAAAAUCAAGACUCAUACAUAAUAUAUGUGUUAUACUUUUCCAUAUGAUACCUGCGUAUCUUAUAGACGGACUUAUUUUCCUUGCAGGCUACAAACCAAUUAUGUGUCGUGUACAACGCCGAAUACAAAAAGGUUUUGAAGUAUUUGAAUAUUAUGCCAACAAUCAAUGGGACUUUGAAAACGCAAAUAUAUUUGAAGUAAGAAGUAAAUUUAAUCCUGUGGAAUACGAGAAAUAUCAACUACAUGGAGAAGACAUGGAUAUAGAUGCAUAUUUUGAAACAUGUAUACGAGCGGCAAGAAUUUACAUUCUGAAUGAACCACCAGAAACUUUGCCAGCUGCUCGAAGACACUUGAGAAUGUAAGAUUUACACAUUGAUUCUGUGAAGUUUAAUUUUAAUGAAUUUUUAUACUUUUGUUGCAGCAUGUAUUGGGUUGAUGUAAUUACGAAAAUACUCUUUUUUAUGUUAUUAAUCUAUAUAUUGGCAUCUUGGAGUGAAAGUUUUAAAGCGUUAUUAAUAGGAAGUUGGUUAUUCGUUACUCGGAAUUCGCAACAUUAAUCAUUGAUAUUAUCUAGUUUUAAAUGUUCUUGGUACCUUAAAUUUUAAUGACUAAAUAAAACAUGAAUUUUUUUUUACCAUCUCAUAUCUUCUUUUGAAUUAAUUAAUAUAAUUGAUAAUAGACAUUGUAUUAUGAAAUUAUUUUUUCAAUAAAUAUUUACAAAUAAAUAAUUUCGUUAAAUUACACUUUAUCUCAUAUUAAUGUCAAAUAUCUUCAUUUUUUUUCAAUGUAGUUAGUG